UUCACCUACAAAGCUUUGGUGCGAACGAAAAGCCAAACUCACACAGUGCGAAGGGCUUGGUCAGCUUAGGGCUUAUUUAUAUAAUCCCACAUCUUCAUUCAGAUGGAAGCCUCAUUCUCAUCCUCAUCCACCUCUCUUGUGUUAUACGGAGCAUUUGCUUCCUCCUUUCACCGUGUUCCCUUACUGGUGUGAUUCAGUUAUUGCCAACACCGAUUUAGAUCGUGAUUUAGUCAUGACUGACCCCGAUUCAGAUGAAUACAAUAGUGAGGUGGAACUUGAGAUUGCCACAGUCUACGUUCAGCUAUGUAUAGAGUACGUGCAAAAGUACUACAUAAAGCGACUUAUGUGCACUAGUAUCCUGAGUAGGAGGUCAUAUGUGAUUGAAGUACUAGAAGGAAAUCCCCAAGUGUGUUACUACAUAUUCCGCAUGGACAAGACCAUUUUUAGGCACUUGUGUAAUGAGUUGAAGCGACUGCACCUAUUAGAGGAUGACAUUGGUAUUGUUUCAGUUGAGGAGGCCGUUGGACAGUGCUAUUUAUCAUUGGACACAACGCUGACUACCGGCUAACUGUCAACCGCUUCCAACAUUCUCUCAAGACCAUUCAAAAGCAGUUCCGGCGUGCCUUGCAUGCUAUCCAUGCUUUGGGAUGUCUCAUCAUCCGGCCCGAUGCUGAUGAAUACAAUAGUGAGGUGGAGCUUGAGAUUGUCACAGU